AGACACUAUACCUCAUUCAUCACACUCUUCGUUCAAGCGAAGACCGUGGCUGAGACGCGUUGGCAGCCUAAAUCCAGCCCCCAUGUUCUCCCGGUCGCCGUCGCUGUUGCGCAUCCCCUCUUGGUACAGCCAUCAUCGUCGUAUGUUGCUUCGGCCGAAUCCUCGCUUUCUGAGCUCAAUUGACGGACAACAUACCAAGGCACUGCCAGCGCGACUCGACAUGACAGAAACAUUGACCGUUCCGCAAAGGCUGGCCCUCGCCAAAUGGGCUCAUAGCUUGGGCGACAUCACACCCACGCUUCCUCGUGCCGCCGAAUGGGUACAGGAAUACUUCGGAAAGAAGGUAUCCGAUGCCGCGAUUCGAUCAGCCCUGGAGCGGGCCAAUCUGCCUGGGGUUUUUCAUCCCUACGAUGACGGCGAGAUCGGGCCCCUCAUCCGCCUAGGCUUCGGCAGAUACCUUGCGGACAUGCCCGCCGGCGCGUUCCCCACAGCCGUAGCAACAUGGCGCGCGUUGACCCUGACCUACUUGGAACUGGCGAUGCUGUGGUUUAUCGAGCAGAUCACCAACAAGCCCAACUGGCAUGUCAAGGUCUUCAACGACGACAUCGUUUCCAAGUGGAAGACUGAAGUCAUGGCCGUCGAUUGGGCCGCCGUCGACCUCGAACAUGCUCACUUUGACGACGCCAUGUUCAACUGGUGCCUCGCUGAGCUCCGCGAGAAAGCCAAGCUUUAUGAGGCUACCGGCUUGGUCCCCGUCUUCGAUGUCAGCACCGCUGUCGUCAAGUCCGACAAUGUCAUUCCUCCAGAGGUCAAGGAGGAGCUCAAAAAGGGUGUGGCCCUUCUCGAAGACGUCCAAGAGCACGAAAAGGACUGGCAUCCUGGCAGUGACGGUAAGGUUCUCGACCUGGUCCACCCUUCCCUCUGGCCACUUGUCUACGGCCUUUCUCGCAUCGUUCCCGACCAACGCAUACCUCUUGAGAAUAUUACGGAGACCUGCGGCACAGGUCAGACCAUCCCGGCGCUGGCCGAGUUGAAGUUUGUCGAGCCCAUGUGGGAAACGCACCGCACCACCAAGGGCCUCUGGUCAACCAAGUUCCAGUGGCUCCCGUGCGACGUUGACAUCGAAGAGGGCAAGCCCAAAAUCAGGAGUUACAUCAACAACCUUCACCCCCAGCACCACGCCGGUCUCUACACCACUAUCGAGAAGGUCAUUGAAAAGACCCUUCCACUCUGGGAUGUUGUUUACAGAUGGCACAAAGACUUUGAGUACCUCCGCAUCCCCUGCAGCAGAGCCGUAAGAGACUGUCAAGCUGGGUGUUCCGGAUGCUGCGACCCCGAAAACCGACCGCAGGAGCCGGAUGAGAACGAGCGUGAUAUGGAUAACUAUGACGAUAAUUGGGAUGAGGAUCAUGACGGGCCCGAGUCACUCACAUGGCGACGAGAUCAGAACUGGUUUAAGGAAACUCAUCCCGUCGUGAAACCCGACGUCCCUGAAUACAGACCGAUGCGCCUCCGGCCCGAGGACGUCAAUCUCGAGAGCGGCUUCUUCCAUGCCGCUGACCGCAUUCAGGUCAUCGUCAAGCUCGCCAACAUCCACCUCACGCCAGACAAGCCGACUUACGAUGGUGGCUCCUGGCACAUCGAGGGUCAGCUCAAUGAGCACAUAUGCGCCACGGCGCUGUACUACUAUGAUAGCGACAACAUCACCGAGAGCCGCCUUGACUUCCGCACCAACGCCAACGGCGAGGCGCUCGACGAGGAGCUGGAAUACGUGCAAGAGGAUCACUACGCCAUCAGCCGCGUCUUUAAGAUCAGCUCGUACCACGAAACAAUGCAGGACCUCGGCGGCGUGCUCACGCGCGAAGACCGUUUGCUCGCCUUCCCCAACGUCUACCAGCACCGCGUGACGCCGUUCGAGCUUGCCGACAAGACGCGCCCGGGUCAUCGCAAGAUCCUGGCGCUGUUCCUCGUGGACCCGGCCAUGCCCGUCAUCAGCACGGCGAAUGUUCCGCCUCAGCGGAGGGACUGGUGGAAAGAAGGCGUGGCGCCGGACAACCGCAUCGGGCCGCUGCCGGCCGAGGUGGCCGAGAUGGUGUUCGACAACAUGGAGUUCCCCAUCGGGCUCAAGCGGGCCAAGGAGAUCAGGGAGGAGCUGAUGUCGGAGAGGAAGGCGAUCGACACGCGAGCCAUGUUCAGGACUGAGAGAGACACUUGGAACUUUUGUGAACACUGAGCGUCGUUGACUGGUUGCUAUUCUCUCACUGUAUUGGAAUCGAGUUCUGCGCGUGAGGCAUCCGGAGUCUUCAGAUGAUGGGCUAGCAUCAAACCAGUAUGGAAGACGUCGAUCACGAUAUGAGGUAUGCUAUGCAUGAGUAGAACAGGAUUGUCUCAGCUCUGGCAUGCCUAACGUCGGGCAAGGUGGGAAGGAUACGUCACACAAAUUCCGCCUCGCCGAGUGACCGCCGCCCCAGGUGCUAUCCGUCGGUGGGCUCCAGUUCUUGCUCGAGUCACAAAAUAGCAUCUCUGUCGCACAGGAGCUUGGGAUUCAAAGACCGCAGUGUAGGAGGGAAACCGGUGUUGCCGCAGCGGUCUCAGAUCGAUGUUUGACGUUGCACCCGCAGCCCAACCCACAGGAUGAUCGAUACAUGUCCUACAGGAAAUCCAAAUCAAGUAACAGAGACAUUGAAAGGCAUUUUCUCGCCGCCAAGUUGAGACGCUGUGUUCGAGAUAUUGUGGGGAGACCAACUAUCCGAAAGGCGCUACAACGUAUGAUGACU